AUGUCCAGCACCAACAGCCCCGAAGCGGUCAAGAAGCUGCUGGAGAACAUGCAGAGCGACCUGCGGGCCCUGUCGCUGGAGUGCAAGAAGAAGUUCCCCCCGGUCAAGGAGGCUGCUGAAUCAGGAAUAAUAAAAGUUAAAACAAUAGCUGCACGAAACACCGAAAUUUUGGCAGCAUUAAAAGAGAACAGCUCAGAGGUUGUUCAGCCUUUUCUAAUGGGUUGUGGAACCAAGGAACCGAAGAUCACUCAGCUAUGUUUGGCCGCCAUUCAGAGACUCAUGUCACAUGAAGUUGUGUCUGAGACUGCAGCUGGAAAUAUAAUUAACAUGCUUUGGCAGCUGAUGGAAAAUAGUCUUGAAGAACUUAAGCUACUUCAAACAGUUCUUGUUCUUUUAACAACCAACACAGUAGUUCAUGAUGAGGCGCUCUCUAAGGCAAUUGUUCUUUGUUUUCGACUACAUUUCACAAAAGAUAAUAUUACCAAUAAUACAGCUGCUGCUACAGUGCGACAAGUUGUUACUGUUGUUUUUGAGAGGAUGGUCGCUGAAGAUGAACGGCACAGAGAUAUUAUAGAACAACCAGCACUGGUUCAAGCCAAUAGUAACAGAAGAUCUGUUAGUACUCUCAAGCCUUGUGCUAAAGAUGCAUAUAUGCUUUUCCAGGAUCUUUGUCAGUUGGUUAAUGCUGAUGCCCCUUACUGGCUAGUAGGCAUGACAGAAAUGACUCGAACAUUUGGCCUAGAAUUACUUGAGUCAGUCUUGAAUGAUUUUCCACAAGUCUUUUUACAACACCAGGAAUUUAGUUUCCUCCUAAAAGAGAGAGUAUGUCCUCUUGUGAUAAAGCUCUUUUCUCCAAAUAUAAAGUUCAGACAAGGUUCCAAUACUUCAUCUUCUCCGGCACCAGUUGAAAAACCAUAUUUUCCUAUCUGCAUGCGUUUGCUGAGAGUUGUAUCUGUUCUGAUUAAGCAAUUUUACAGUCUUUUGGUAACUGAAUGUGAGAUAUUUCUGUCACUUUUGGUGAAAUUUCUGGAUGCAGAUAAACCACAGUGGCUACGAGCUGUUGCAGUAGAAUCAAUACACAGACUCUGUGUGCAGCCUCAGCUAUUAAGAUCAUUUUGUCAGUCCUAUGAUAUGAAACAACAUUCUACCAAGGUUUUUCGUGAUAUUGUGAAUGCACUGGGCUCUUUUAUCCAAUCAUUGUUUCUUGUUCCUCCUACUGGAAAUCCUGCUACUGCAAACCAAGCUGGAAACAAUAAUGCAGGUGGCACUGUCUCAGCACCAGCUAACCCGGGAAUGUUGGGGAUUGGUGGAGGUGUUACUUUAUUACCAGCAUUUGAAUAUAGAGGAACUUGGAUACCUAUUCUGACUAUAACAGUACAAGGCAGUGCUAAAGCAACAUACCUAGAGAUGUUGGACAAAGUUGAGCCCCCAACUAUACCAGAAGGUUAUGCCAUGUCUGUGGCAUUCCAUUGUUUGCUAGAUCUUGUCCGUGGCAUCACUAGUAUGAUUGAAGGAGAGUUGGGAGAGACUGAAACGGAAUGUCAGCCUACCAGUGAAGCCACUUCUUCAACAACACAGUCAUCAGAACAGCAAGAAUUACAGUCAACAGCAGAUGAAAUGGAUAAGGAAAUAGUUAAUAAAGCUGUUUGGGAAGAAAUGGUGAAUGCCUGCUGGUGUGGUCUACUUGCUGCUCUCUCACUCCUUCUUGAUGCCAGCACAGAUGAAGCUGCCACUGAGAAUAUUUUAAAAGCUGAACUGACUAUGGCUGCUCUUUGUGGAAGACUGGGCCUAGUAACUUCAAGAGAUGCCUUUAUAACUGCAAUAUGCAAAGGUUCCCUGCCUCCCCAUUAUGCUCUUACUGUACUGAAUACCACCACUGCAGCCACCCUUUCCAAUAAAUCAUAUUCCAUUCAGGGCCAAAGUGUUAUGAUGAUAAGUCCAUCAAGUGAAUCUCACCAGCAAGUAGUGGCAGUGGGUCAGCCCCUAGCAGUCCAGCCUCAAGGAACAGUAAUGUUAACAUCCAAAAAUAUCCAGUGUAUGAGGACUUUACUUAACUUGGCACACUGUCAUGGGGCUGUUCUUGGAACAUCGUGGCAACUUGUCUUGGCAACUCUACAGCAUCUUGUAUGGAUUCUGGGAUUAAAGCCUAGUAGUGGUGGUGCCUUGAAACCUGGGAGAGCUGUAGAAGGACCCAGUACAGUUCUAACAACAGCAGUGAUGACAGAUUUACCAGUGAUUUCCAAUAUACUUUCAAGAUUGUUUGAAAGCUCACAGUACCUUGAUGACGUAUCAUUGCAUCAUUUAAUAAAUGCGCUUUGCUCCUUAUCCCUAGAAGCAAUGGAUAUGGCCUAUGGAAAUAAUAAGGAACCCUCUCUUUUUGCUGUUGCUAAAUUGUUAGAAACUGGUCUAGUUAACAUGCACCGAAUAGAAAUUCUAUGGAGACCUCUAACUGGCCAUCUACUUGAGGUCUGUCAGCAUCCAAAUUCCCGAAUGAGAGAAUGGGGAGCAGAAGCUUUAACUUCACUUAUUAAAGCAGGGUUAACAUUUAACCAUGAUCCUCCACUUUCACAAAACCAGCGGCUGCAGUUGCUUUUGUUGAACCCAUUAAAGGAGAUGUCCAGUAUUAACCAUCCAGAUAUCCGACUCAAGCAACUAGAAUGUGUGUUGCAAAUUUUGCAGAGCCAAGGAGAUAGUCUUGGACCUGGAUGGCCAUUAGUGCUUGGAGUCAUGGGAGCAAUCAGAAAUGAUCAAGGAGAAUCCUUGAUACGAACUGCAUUUCAGUGUCUUCAGUUGGUUGUGACAGAUUUUCUACCAACAAUGCCUUGUAGUUGCCUGCAGAUAGUUGUAGAUGUUGCAGGUAGCUUUGGACUUCAUAAUCAAGAACUUAAUAUUAGUUUAACUUCAAUAGGUUUAUUGUGGAAUAUUUCAGAUUAUUUUUUCCAAAGAGGGGAAAUUAUUGAAAAAGAAUUAAAUAAAGAAGAGGCAGCACAGCAAAAGCAGGCGGAAGAGAAAGGAGUGGUUUUAAAUCGGCCAUUCCACCCUGCACCACCAUUUGAUUGCCUUUGGUUGUGUCUUUAUGCGAAAUUGGGUGAACUAUGUGUGGACCCCCGACCUGCUGUCAGGAAGAGUGCAGGGCAGACUCUGUUUUCAACAAUUGGUGCACAUGGGACCUUAUUACAGCAUUCAACAUGGCACACUGUUAUUUGGAAGGUUCUCUUUCAUCUAUUGGACCGAGUUCGAGAGUCUUCUACCACUGCAGACAAAGAAAAGAUUGAAUCCGGAGGUGGCAAUAUUCUCAUUCAUCAUUCAAGGGACACAGCAGAGAAGCAGUGGGCUGAGACAUGGGUUUUAACAUUAGCCGGAGUAGCAAGAAUCUUCAACACUAGAAGAUAUUUACUGCAACCUUUAGGAGACUUUCCAAGAGCAUGGGAUGUUCUUCUUGACCAUAUACAAUCAGCAGCACUCAGCAAAAACAAUGAAGUAUCUCUGGCUGCACUGAAAAGCUUCCAGGAAAUUUUACAGAUUGUGUCCCCUGUCAGAGACUCAGAUAAGCCUGAGACACCGCCUGCAGUUAAUGUACCUGUGUCUGUCCUUCUAGGGUCAAUAUCAGGCCCUGGCCUGAGCAGGCCAUUUGUAAGAACAGAUUCCAUUGGAGAAAGACUUGGAAGAUACAGUAGCUCUGAGCCACCCAUAGUUACUGAUGAGCUGGAAGAUUUGAAUCUCUGGUGGGCUGCAUGGAAUACCUGGUAUAGAAUUGGAUCUGAAAGCACUAAGCCUCCUAUUACUUUUGAUAAACUGACUUUUAUUCCCAGCCAGCCUUUUCUUACAGCUUUAAUCCAGAUAUUUCCAGCUCUCUACCAACACAUAAAAACUGGUUUCAGCAUGGAUGACUUGCAGAAAUUAGGGGUCAUAUUGCACAGUGCUGUUUCAGUCCCAAUAAGUUCAGAUGCAUCUCCUUUCAUUCUUCCAUCUUAUACUGAAGCAGUUUUGACAAGUUUACAGGAAGCUGUACUUACAGCUUUAGAUGUUCUCCAAAAGGCCAUCUGUAUAGGAUCAGAAAACAUGCAGAUAAUGUAUCCAGCUAUAUUUGACCAGUUACUGGCAUUUGUAGAAUUUUCCUGUAAACCUCCACAGUAUGGACAGCUGGAAACAAAGCACAUUGCAAAUGCAAAAUAUAAUCAGAUCCAACUAUUUGCACCGGCGGAAUGGGUGGCCUUGAAUUAUGUACCGUUUGCUGAAAGGUCUUUAGAAGUAGUUGUGGAUUUAUACCAAAAAACAGCCUGUCACAAAGCAGUGGUGAAUGAGAAAGUACUCCAGAAUAUCAUUAAGACCCUUAGGUUUCCUCUCAGUUUGAAGUAUUCCUGCCCUUCUGAAAGCACAUGGAAACUGGCAGUAUCUUCUCUCCUCAAAGUUCUUUCUAUUGGGCUACCUGUUGCCCGGCAGCAUGCUUCUUCUGGAAAAUUUGACAGUAUGUGGCCAGAACUAGCCAAUACUUUUGAAGACUUUCUUUUUACUAAAAGCAUACCUCCGGAUAACCUUUCUAUUCAAGAAUUUCAAAGAAAUGAAUGUAUUGAUGUGGAGGUAGUUCAACUUAUCAGUACUGAGAUACUACCUUAUGCCAAUUUUAUUCCUAAGGAAUUUGUUGGUCAGAUAAUGACCAUGCUUAACAAGGGCUCCAUACAUUCUCAGUCAUCUUCAUUUACAGAAGCAGAGAUUGAUAUUCGUUUGAGAGAAGAAUUUUCUAAAAUGUGUUUUGAAACAUUGCUCCAGUUUUCCUUCAGUAAUAAAGUCACAACGCCUCAGGAAGGCUACAUCUCACGAAUGGCACUCUCAGUACUUUUAAAGAGGUCUCAAGAUGUACUACAUCGCUAUAUAGAGGAUGAAAGAUUAAGUGGUAAAUGCCCUCUUCCAAGGCAACAAGUAACAGAAAUCAUAUUUGUUUUAAAAGCAGUUAGUACUCUCAUUGAUUCACUUAAGAAAACUCAGCCUGAGAAUGUUGAUGAAAAUACCUGGGCACAAGUAAUUGCAUUAUACCCAACGUUAGUAGAAUGCAUCACCUGCUCAUCUUCAGAAGUCUGCUCUGCACUUAAAGAGGCACUAGUUCCCUUUAAGGAUUUCAUGCAGCCACCAGCAUCCAAAGUUCAAAAUGGAGAAUCUUGA